AACGAGAGCGCGAGGAGUCAUUUCACAGUCUCGGUUUCAGCACCACGCGCCUUCUGGACAGCGCCCGGAUGAACUGGCGCGCACGUCGCUCCCCGGUUUGCCUUCAGAGGGACGGAGCUCCUCAGCAACGAGCGCGAGCGGAGAGAAAGACUUCCGAAAGACAGACAAACCCACCGACGACACGCACGCAGCUCGGUGGACGCACGAGCCGUAAUUCGGCCCUCCACGCACGUGUCACAGCAACAGGGCAGCAGCAUGUCUGAAACUAAAUCCAGUCACAGAUUCCACAGUCUGAAUGCUGAGCAGGUGGAGGUUCUCCAUCAGGUUCUGUCAGAUGUGGUUCCCAUCCACGGUCGUGGGAAUUUUCCGACUCUGGAGCUGCGUCCUCGUGAUAUCAUUGUAGCCGUACGUGCCAGGCUGGAGAAGCAGGGGAUUAAAGUCAGGGAUGUCCGUCUGAAUGGCUCCACUGCCAGUCACGUCUUAGUCCGAGACAACGGAACCAGCUACAAGGACCUGGACGUCAUCUUUGGAGUGGAACUGCCCAGUCAGGAAGAGUUUCAGGUUUUAAAGAGUCCCGUGCUCGGCUGCUUGCUGGACUGCCUCCCUGCUGGGGUCAAUAAAGAGAGGAUCAGCAGCGCCACAAUGAAGGAGGCCUACGUCCAAAAGAUGGUCAAAGUCUUCAACGAACAUGACCGCUGGAGCCUCAUCCUCUCCAACAACAGCGGCAAAAAUCUGGAGCUCAAAUUUGUCAGCGCCUUGAGGCGUCAGUUUGAAUUCAGCGUAGAUUCCUUUCAGAUUAUCCUGGAUCGUCUCCUGGAGUCCUACCUGCAGCAGGAGUCACAGCAGACUGGUGGCGCCGUCAAGCAUAAGAAUGAGACGGCAGAGGCCCAGACAAAAGAGUCCUCCACUCAGCUUAAGCACGAAACUGCUCAGCAAACAGAAAAGUCCAUGGGUGCAGAUGUGUCUGACAAAGAGCCGAGUCAGAUCAGCCAAGAGAACAGAGUGGCGACGUGUGCGAAAAAGAAUCACAGACUGAACUCUCACAAAUCAAACAGUCAGAACAAACAAAACACUUCAGCGAGGAAGAAGACAUCAAAGCCUGAGCCUGAUCCUUCUGAUGGCGUGGCUUCCAACCGAGACUUUGCCUCUUCUCCUGGUCCAGUCCCUAAUGUUAUCUCCACCUCUGCUGUGGAGCUUACAUCUACUAUACCCCAAGAGCCACCAUCUACUCUGCUUAUCACAGAGAGUUUAUGUGACACAGCUAUUCAAACCCCACUCGAGCCCCCAUCAACACAAGAGGCUUUAGAGGAACAAAGUCACUCACUGUCUUGUGCAACUGCUUCUCUGCCCACCCUUGACUCACUUGACACUUUAGUUUUGCACACUGAGGGAUCCAAAACAACUACCCAACAUUCAGCACAUACCUCAGACACUGAGCUCAGUGAUGAUGAUGAUGAUGAUGAUGAUGAUGAUGUAAAAGCCAAAAACAUGGACUUGGAUGUGCCAAAUAGUAGCAUCCAAGAAACCACAAUCAGUUCACCUUCCUCUUCCCUCUGUGUCACCCCUCCCAUUCCCUGUCUCAACCCUCCUGUGCUCAGUCUCUCCCCACCCUGCUCCACUCCCUCUCCAGAAAGUUCUUCCCUGUAUGUGACUCCUCCCUCCCACGGCCUCUCAUCAUCUGCAAUAGUGAGUGUCAACAGUCCUGAUCCAAGCUUUGGUUCCACACCCCUAAGUUUUAGCCCAACAUCUUCCUGCCUCAGUUCACCUCCUUACCUCACCCCUCCUAUUCUUAGCCUCAGCCCUCCUCCCCUCUGUCCUAGUCCUCCUUCUCCGUGCCUCAGCCCACCCCUCCUCUGCCCCUCUACAAUGGAGGCUGAGGACCUUGUACCUCAGGUAUCUUCUGACACAGAGCCUUUGAUUUGGAACACUAAAACCGAUGAGCAGAUUAAAGAGUCCCCCCCUCAACCAGAAGCUCCUGUCCAACAGCUGGAAGUCAAAGAGGACCAUGAUUAUAUUUCAUUUCCCCUGGUUCCAGAGCCGGUGUCUUUUCCAAUAACAAUCCCAAGUUCCAAUGCACAUGUGCUGCCUCAAGCUCAGUCUGGAGGCUUAGAGGAUUCAGUUCCUCAAAAAGCCAAUGAAGAGCCCGGCUCUGUGUGUGAACGCAAAGAGGCCAGCAGGAUACAUGCAGGCACACCUGAACAGAGCAACAGUCCUCAGACGAGUGGUUUGGUUCCUGCUGUUGAGGAGAUCUAUCCGUACUUAAAGAACUCACUUCAUUGUGAGGAGAGAAGCAAGUACCAGUACCUGAUGACGCUACGUCGCGUGGUGGACGACAGCACGGUGUGUCUGAUGGGACACGAACGGCGUCAGACACUGAACAUGAUCACAGUGCUGGCACUCAAGGUCCUAGGAGAACAAAAUAUUAUCCCAAACACAGACCACGUCACGUGCUUCUACCAACCUGCACCAUACCUGGCUGAGCAUAACGCCCCCUAUCUUGCAGAACCCAGCUACUGCAGCUAUUAUAUACCGCAAGGGGGAUCAACUAUGCUUUACCAACCUUACCCCUUACACCUGCACACACAGACUGGACUGGUCUAAAACAGAAAUGUAAUCCAGGGAUAAACAGUUUGGUCUAUAAUAGACCGAUGGGGCUGGGAUUGAGCGGGUUUUUACAGCAAACUCCCUUGGUAAGGUUAUAAUGUGAUUAUAUGUAAUUACCUUUGCUUUGUGGGAAAAUAAUAAUUCUUCCGAUAUUGUAAAAUUCCAGAAAAUGCUGUAUGCACUGCAUGACUCAUAGCCCUUUGGUCUCCCCAGGAAACCAAGUGUGCUUUGUGUAUACACACACACAUCACACACACGCACACAGACACUUCCAGGUUCCUGAAGUUCUUGUACACUCUUUACAUGUUCUUACUGUGUUCUUAAUGGGUUUGUUCAGAAUGUGGACCUUGCCUGUGAUUGAUAUCAUGCAUGGAUACAAAAGGACUGUUCUCCCACUGCCAAAUACUGUGUGCUGCUUCAACAGUUCAGUGUAACUUUGAUAUUCCUUUAGUGAAGGGAUGCAUUAAAAAAACA